AUGAAGGACGUUGAAGGGGUAGAGCGCGGCCAAUGUUUGGCAUGUGCUGGUUGUGAGGAAUACGCUUUCAAGACCAAGUCCAACCAAUGUGACGACUGUGGUUGUAAUGUGUCUCGUCACAAGCAAUUGAACAAGGAAGAGACUGAAAGAGCUAGGAGUCGCUCCAAGUCUCGAGGCCCAAAGAAAGCGGUGGACGCGAAUGAGGAAAAGAAGGAAAAGAAAUCCUUCAAAGACAAAGUGUCUGACAUUGAAUCAUCUGGACGUCUUGGAAACGGUGGUGCCUUGGACUGGAUUCUCAAAUCUUUUGUCGUAUGGUCUAUCGUAACAUUGGCCUGUACUCUAUACGUUCUUUCUGGAGCACACAAGUCUCGUGCCAUGACAUUCAACCGUGGUCCCUCUGACACAUACUACAAGUUUGGUAUCAUGGGUUUUGCUAUUGGUAUGUUCUUCGCCUUCUUGACCUACUCUGGUGGUCGUACUCCCGAACGUCGUUCUUUGGCUAUUAUCAUGUUUGGUGUCCAAGGAAUUGCUCUUAUUUCAUACGCCCUGCAACUCUUCCGUUUGACUCCAAGUUUCAUGAUGCCUACUGGUAUGCCUUGGGACCCUGCACGAUCAUUCGAAUGGAUGGCUUGCUGUCCAACUUUGAUCUACCUCAUUGCUGAACUUACCCGUUCUACUCAUGAUGCUUGGGAAACUAUGGGUUUUGAUUACACUAUGAUUGCUUUUGGUUUGUUUGGUGCCAUCAUGAAGGAACCUUAUGCAACUUGGAUGGAUACCUGCUCUUGUUUAUAUUUCUUGUAUGUCGUUGGAAGUUUGAUGAAGAUGUACAAUGCUGCUCUCAAUGGUGAAACCGAUUGUAAAUUGGACAAGGCUUCCUUGGUGUUUGCUAAAUGGGCUACUUUCUGUGCCUGGUGGGGAUUCACUAUUAUUUACUUCCUCCAAAAGGAUCAAGUUGUCUCAUACCAAUUUGGUGAAUUGCUCUACUGUGGUUGUGACAUGGUUGCCAAGGUGUUCUUGACCUUGAUUCUGAUUAACGCUACCGUCGAACAAGCUACCAGUGAACGUCUUGCCAUGUUGACCAACAUUGCUGCUGAAUUGGAAGAACAAACUAACGCUACCGAUGCCCUAUUGGAGAAGAUGAUGCCAGCUGCCAUCUUGGAACAAAUCAAGACUGGUAAAGCCGCUGAAGCUGAAGAAUUCGACAAUGUCACCGUCUUCUUCUCUGAUAUUGCCAACUUUACCGUUUUGUCUUCUCGUACCUCUACCAAAGACAUGUUGGCCACCCUCAACAAACUCUGGCUCGAAUACGAUGCCAUUGCCAAGAAAUGGGGAAUGUACAAGGUCGAAACUAUUGGUGAUGCUUAUCUCGGUGUUGCUGGUUGUCCAGAACGUGUUCCAGACCAUGCCGACCGUGGAUGUAACUUUGCCAUUGACAUUAUUACUAUGAUUACCACCUUCAAGUCUGCUACCAACGAAUCCAUCAACAUCCGUAUCGGUCUCAACUCUGGUCCUGUUACUGCCGGUGUCAUGGGUGACUUGAACCCUCAUUGGUGUUUGGUCGGUGAUACUGUCAACAUUGCUUCCAAGAUGGAGUCUAGUUCCAAGCCUAUGCAAAUCCACAUUUCUGAUGUUACUUAUGAGUUGGUCAAGAACAAUGCUACUCUUGUCUGUACCCCUGGUGAUGUUGUAACAGUCAAGGGCAAAGGACCUAUUCAAACCUACUUUGUUACUAGAAAGUAA